UGUGCCUGCAAAAACCCAAAACCCCAAAGGCACUCUAUAGUUCACGUUUCAAGCUACAAUGGUGACCGCUCUCGCCGUCGGCUGCACCAGGUCCGUCCUCCGCUCCACCAUCGUCCGCAAUGCAGCGGCCAGAAUUGCAACUGAAACCAAAGCUGCUCGAUCUUCCUUUCGAAUCUCCAAGCAGAAAAAUCUCUCUCAUCGCCUCUUCAGGUCUCCCGUUGAGAUGAGCUGCUGUGUCGAGUCGAUGAUGCCCCACCACACUGCCACUGCGUCCGCUUUGCUGACUUCAAUGCUGUCGGUCUCUCAUCGUCGGGGUUACGGUUGGCUUCCUGAAGGCCAAGACAGAACUAGAUGAUGACCAAGCAAGCAAAGAUGGAUUGAUUAAAUGGCCUAUACAGAGUGAAUGCUAUGUUUUUACCUCUUUCUAAGGAGAAAGGUGCAAACGUUCAGUUUACAUUAAUGACAUUGAUGAGACACAUUGAACUUCAUUAUUUUAAGAGGCCUUUUUUUAUAUAUUUUGUGUAUUUCUCUCCUCACUAGAAAUUUACUGUGUUGCAUCUUAUUGAACUUCUUGCUCCAAAGCUCCAAACAUUCAUGAGGGUUUAUCCAGAAUUACAAUGUUUUAUAUUAUAAUACCUAUAAAUUUAAAAGGAGAGAAUCUAGAUACCAACUAUUUGUUUAUGAAGGUUGGUACCGUAGCCAAUUAUUCUCUCUUUGUAUUUCAUGUGA